AUGGUAUCAGAGCCUCUUGUCUUGAGGGAUAUGUGGAAAGAAUACAGCUUACCCACCAAUCCAAAAAUUUCAAAACUCGUUACAAAACUGGCAACUUGUUCUGGUUCAUCUGCACCUCCACACUUCAAUGGCGAAAAUUACCAUGUUUGGGCACUGAAAAUGGAGAUUCAUUUGCAAUCCUUGAAUCUCUGGGAUGUGGUUCUCAACGACACUGAGCCACCUCCAUUGCGGGACAUUACGUCCCUAACUCAGAUCAAAAGACAUGAAGAGGAACUUAUGAAGAAACAUCGUGCACUUGCUUGUAUUCACUCAGCUAUCUCAGACAUGGUUUUUAGUAGGAUCAUGCCCUACAAAACUCCCAAGCUGGCUUGGGACAAAAUUAGGGAAGAAUUUGAAGGUGGUACCAGAAGUAGGAGAACGAAACUGCUGAAACUAAAAGCAGAGUUUGUGAUGUUACGAAUGAGAGAAGAUGAGGCACUGAGACAGUACGCGUCUAAGUUAAUGGAUGUUGUGAACAAAAUAAGGCUGCUAGGAGAGAACUUUCCUGACUCACGAGUGGUAAAACAUAUUCUAAUCUGUUUACUAGCUCGGUUUGAGUCCAAAAUCUCUGUGUUGGAGGAGCUGAAUGAUACCGAUACCAUCACUGCAGUUGAGCUUAUGAAUAAGCUGGAGUCGCAGCAGCAAUGA